AGCGUAUGUCAAGCGAAUGUCAGUCAGCUGUCACUCGACAGUCGAGUUUUGGAAAAAUUCAACAAAAAUAGCCAACGAAAAAGCCUCUAAAUGGCUUCCAUUAUUGCUGCAAAUGGGCUCCAAGUAGCUAAACAAUCGUCAAAUGGCCUCCUCGGGAUCGUUUGUGUUCGUGCCGUGCCCGCCAUGAACUACUCACAAGAGCCUCGCCCGCUGAAAACGACGAAACUCACGUCGAUGCGUCGCGGCACGGGCGGCAGAUCGUCAUUUAACGGGGUUGUAGCGACAGUUUUUGGGUGCAGCGGUUUCUUGGGACGCUACGUUUGCAACAAAUUGGGCAAAAUCGGGACACAAAUGAUUUUGCCGUAUCGCGGAGAUCAUUACGACGUGCUCCGUUUGAAGGUUGCCGGCGAUUUGGGACAAGUUCUCUUCCAUCCGUACCAUCUAAUGGAUGAAAAAUCGAUCCGCGAGGCGAUGAAAUAUUCCAACGUCGUUAUCAAUCUCGUAGGUCGCGAAUGGGAAACGAAAAAUUUCAAGUUUGAAGAUGUUCAUGUUGAUGGCGCUCGACGUUUAGCAAGAAUUUCUCGUGAAAUGGGUGUCGAAAGAUUUAUUCAUGUCUCAGCAUUGAACGCAAGUCCCCAUCCUCAGGAAAUUUUCAUGAAAGGCGGAAGCAAAUUCCUCAAGUCAAAAUACGAAGGAGAACUUGCCGUUCGUGAGGCAUUCCCCGAAGCGACAAUUUUCCGCCCCUCCGACAUUUUGGGACAAGAAGAUCGUUUCUUGCGGUACUACGCUCACAUCUGGCGUCGUCAAAUACGUGGGAUGCCCAUGUGGAAAAAAGGCGAAGCAACUAUCAAACAGCCCGUUUAUUGCAGCGACUUGGCUCAAGGAAUCGUCAAUGCCAUGAAAGAUCCCGAAACAGCGGGAAAAGUCUAUCAAGCUGUUGGACCUCGUCGUUACGUUCUCGGCGAACUCGUCGAUUGGUUCUAUCGUGUCAUGCGUAAAGACGGCGAAUGGGGUUACGUGCGUUACGACAUGAUGUUCGAUCCGACAUUCAUGAUGAAAGUAAAAGCUACAGAAAUGAUUUGUCCAAAUGAGAUGAUUGCUCAUUUGCAUCCCGAACGCGUCGAGAGAGAAUAUAUCACGGAUGUCGUCGAAUCUGGCGUGCCAACGUUGGAAGAUUUGGGUGUCAAUCUCACGCUUUUGGAAAAUGUUGUUGAAUGGGAAUUGAGACCUUAUCGCGCUUACAACUAUUACGACUCUGAAUUAGGUGAAUUUAACAAGCCAGCGCCGCCUCCAUUCAUUCAAUAAUUUGUUGUUAGAAAAAAAAGGCCGAAACAUCUGUAAAAAUUGAAUAAAAUAUUAUUAAAAGUAA